UGCCUUGGUGAAUUAACAUUUUGGCUUCGUCGUUGGUGCCUUGGGGUUGUCGUUUCAGCUUCUCGUCAUUGGUGCCUUGGUAAAUUAACAUUUCAGCUUCAUCGUUGGUGCUUUGAGAAGUUGUGUAUUGUCGUUUCAGCUUCUCAUCAUUGGUGCCUUGGUGAAUUGAUAUUUCAGCUUCGUCGUUGGUGCCUUGGUGAGUUUUGUGUAUCGUUAUUUCAACUUCGUUAUUGGUGUCCUGAUAAAUUCUCGUUUCAGCUUCGUCGUUGGUGCCUUGGUAAAUCAUUAUUUGGCUUUGUUGUUUGUGCCUUGGUGAGUUUUAUGUCGUCGUUUUGGUUUCUUGUCAUUGAGUUGUGUAUCAUCGUUGGUGCUUUGGUAAACUGUGUAUCAUCGUUUCAGCUUUGUCGUUGA